AAAAUCACGGACAGAUGGGGAUCUUCUCUCGCCAUCUCACUGUCCCUCCGCCACAGCAGCAUGAAGUGUUCAUCAAUUACCGCGGAGGAGAGCUCCGCUAUGGAUUCAUCAGCCACCUCGUCGAUGCCUUUCACCGUCAUCGAAUCAGAUUCUCCGUCGACAAUGGCGAACGAAGAGGCGAGGAUCUGAAAAACCUCUUCGUGAGGAUCCAAGAGUCCAGAAUCGCAUUGGCCGUCUUCUCCACGAGGUACCCGGAUUCAGAAUGGUGCUUGGACGAGCUCGUGAAGAUCGACGAAUGCGUGAAGAUGGGGAACUUGAGAGUCAUUCCAAUAUUCUACAAGGUCGAACCAGAUGACGUGAGAAGACAGGAGGGGGGUUUCGGUGAGAACUUCUGGAAACUCGCCAAGAUUUCUCGAGGUAAACAGAUCAUGAUGUGGAAGGAUGCUUUGGAGUCAGUCUCCGACAAGAUGGGCUUGACCUUCGACGACAAGAGCUACGAGUCCGAAUUUAUCAAGGAAAUCGUUACAGAGGUUGAGAGAGUACUAACUGCGAUUCCAUCCGGGCAAAAAGGAUAUCGCUCUUACAAUCAUAUGCGAAAGGAAAGGAGAAAUGCCCCUUAUGCCUUGUAUCAGUCUCGUCACUGGAGAAGAACAAAAUCCAGGACAUUCUGGUGACAAUAUGUAUUCCAUGGAUACCCAUGAUCUUAGUAUCUUUACCGACAAGAUGCGUCUGUUGUUAACUCCUUUGCAUGUUCUGGUGCUUUCGUUUGAGGCCCAAACUGGAGAAUUGGAGUUCUGAGGUGGCUACAAAGCUACUUUGUCACCCGAUGAUUGAAAAUGAGGAUUCCCUUACCAUGAAGGAUAGCACAUUACAGUACUACUUUAAAAGGAUAGACCAUAUUUUACUGACUCAAUCUGCGGUUGUCCUAAGGGAAUUAACGAUGGGUGAUUGGACGGUUAAUGUUGGGCAUGUCGUGUGGCCCUUGGGACAAAUUUGCUGCUGCAUUGUCUCUGACCGCAGAAAAAUGAGUUUUGUUCCAAUGUCCUAAAGCCAUAGGAAAUACUAAGUGGAGAAUGCCGGUAAUCUGCUAUGGCCAUUGCUUUAUAUGGAGAGGCCGGGAAUAUGCUUUGCGAGACGAUGUAGCAUCUGGAAUCCGGAAUGGUUGCUAUUUUAUACACCUCGUUGAUGAUGGGCCGUUAAUUAUUAGGUGAAGAGAGUAACCAGUGAUGUUGGCGAAGGCAAUGGCAAAGGGACCGUCGGCCAUGAAGAAAAUGGAGACAGACGAUGCGGUGAAGGGUGAUGGAGAGGUAAGCACCAAAUGCUUGUGAACAAAGAGAUGAAUCAAUAGCUAAAGCUGACACAAUAGAGUAACCAGUGACGUUGGCGAAGGCAAUGGCGAGGGAACCCCCGGCAAGAAUGACUCCCCCCUCCCCCACCUAAAGCCUUUAAAAUCCCCCCCACUGGCUCCUUCUCCUCUUCCUGUUUCAUGAUCUUUCUCCUCCCUUCAUUGCCCCAUUUCUUCCAUUGCUUUCCAUUGAAAUUUUCAUCUGGAUCAUGAAGUGGAAGGAUGCAUUGGAAUCCGUUUCCGACAAGAUGGGUUUGAUCUUCAAGAUGGGUUUGAUCUUCCGAGACAUGAGCUACGAGUCCGAAUUCAUCAAUGAAAUCGUUACGGAGGUCAAGAGAGAGCUGGCUGCAUCGCCUUACGGGGAAAGAAGGUAUCAUUCUUACAAUCAUAUCCAAAAGAAAAGGAGAAAUGGGCCUUAUGUUUUGUAUCGGUCUCCUCGCCGGAAAAGAACAAAACCCGGAAAAUUCUGCUGACAGUGAAUAUUCCAUGGAUGCCCAUAUGAUCCCAGUACCUCUACCGACAAGAUGUGGUCGUUGUUCUUGGGAAUGUUUUCCGAAUAGGGGAAUCCUGUAAUGUUCUGUUGUUGUUUUUCUUAUGGGAGGAAGUUGAAUAACGAAUCUGUAAUAGUGGAAACUUCUUUGUUUUGUGAAUGUUUUUUUCUCUUUCUAUAAUGUUUUUUUUCUCUA